UAGUGUUUUGCACUGUGUUGGACUGUGUUUGUAUCAGUCUGAUCUGUGUCGGUUUUCUGUGGUUGUAGGUCUCCUGUGGAAUCUCUCCUCUGCAGAUAACCUUAAGCUGGAUUUGCUCCACACAGCCUUGCCUGCGCUCACUGAGAAAGUCAUCGAGCCGUUUUCAGCAAGUACAGACGACAACUCCAACACCAGCCUGGCACCAGAGGUCUUCAACAACGCCACGGCAUGCCUUCGCAACCUAAGCGCCUCCAAACCGGCGAUCCGACAAGCCAUGCGCAACUGCAAAGGCCUCAUCGACUCGCUCAUGCGCUACACGGAGAACUGCGUAAAUGCCGGGACGCCUGACAACCAGUCUUUGGAGAACUGCGUCUGCAUUCUGCACAACCUCACCUACCAGCUGGAGACCGAGAUGCCGUCUCUCUUCACUAAAAUAAACAUGCUGGCCAGUUAUGCUCGCAAUCGCUCCAGCUCAUCAGACGCCGGUCCGAUCGGCUGCUUCAGCUCCCAGAGCCAAAAACUGCAGCAGGAGCAGAGCGGUUUUGACUAUCCAGUUAUGGAGGACAACAAUCCUAAAGGUGCCGGCUGGCUCUUCCACUCCAAAGCCCUGCAGAUGUACCUCAAUCUGUUGAGCUCCAGUGAAAGAGACGCCACACUUGAGGCCAGCUGUGGAGCGCUGCAGAACCUCACAGCCACUGAUGGCUUAGUAUCGAAUGUGUUGAGUCAUACAAUCGUCCAGAAGCUCAACGGUCUUAAAUACAUCAGUCCGUUGUUGCAGUCGCCCAAUCCCGCUCUACAGAACAGCGCAGUCGCUCUGCUCGGGAACCUGUCCAGAUCCACACAAACAAACAAAACCAUGGCUCGGCAGACUCUCCCGCAUCUGGUCGGCUUCCUGAACUCAGGGCUCACGAAGGGCGACUCCUCGCCCGAAUACGACAGCACCAUGGCCACAGCUCUUCACAACGCACACGCCCUGAUGAAGGCCGACCCUGAGAUCAGCAAGAGUCUGCUGAACAACAGCCUGAUCAACUCCCUCAACAACAUGAGUCUCAAUCUGGGUCUGCCGAAGUCCAGCACUGCCGCAGGAGUUCUUCUUCACAGUCUGUGGUCAGAAAAGAAUAUUCAAAGUUUCCUUAAAAAGGUAAGAAUGCAAACAUAAACAAUAUUUGCUAGA